UAUGUUACGAAAUCAACUUUAAUUCCAGCAGUCCUGUCAAACUAAUAUCGACUCCAUCAAGAAUCCAAAGAGAACCAUUAAGCCCCAUCAAUACGAUUCUUGUAUCAACAACCCUCUCACAUAGUAGUUCUCAAAUGUCAAAUUGGCAUCCACUCUAAGCAUAGGACGAUCCAUAUUUCAGAAACAAUUGGAUCAAAUGAAAUAGCAAUACAUUGUCAGGACUGGCUAUAUUAGGAUUACUGAUCCAGAGAUGCUGAAGGAAUUGUUUGAAUUAAACUUAGAGAAUAUGAAGAAGAAGUACUCCAAGUAUAGCAAUAUACAUUAAUUGAACAUCCCUAAAGAUAUGAUUAAAAUAUUCAUGAGAUUCGGGUAUCAAGAGAUCAAUAAAUUCAUGUAAAUGGCUAUUGUUCACUUAUUGUUCGAAUAUAAAUCAUUAUUGCAAUAUCAGGAUAAGUGGGAAAAGGAUGCAAUCAUAUCAUUAACAUCAAUAGCAUUUAUUAAGUAGGAUUGUUUGUACCCUUAGGUGAUGAUUGUGUCUCCAGAUGACCAAAGUGCUAUUGCUAUCAAGGUUAUGCUUGAUCAUCUUAACAUUUACUACAACAAUGUAUAUCAAGUUUCAAAAAAGAAUUCUAUUGUUUAAGAUCGAAAGUACUUACAGGAAGCUUAGAUUGUUGUGGGUACAGCAGAUCGCUUAUAUUAUGUGAUUUAAUAGAAGUAUUUGAAUCCAAUAUUCUUGGAGAGUGUAGUUUUUCAGGAGUUUAGUCAAACAACAGACUUAGGGUAUCGGAAAGAUAUUGAAAAUAUUCUUAGAAUACUUCCUAAAUCCACAUCCAAGCAUUUCUUUUUCAGUUAAGUCUUCAAUUCAGAAGAACAUGAUAUUUUAGAUAUUUGA